AUGGAGCCAGCAGAGAUCAGAUUCUCCCUACAGAGACUUCUGGGGCACAAAGAUUCAAACAUGGAAUCUACAAUCACUGCAGCAUUAACUAACUGGAGAAAUCUGACUCUGACGCACAAGGUCAGAAAGCCUCUGGUGGAGAAGCUUCGCAGAGAGCGAAUCAACAGCAGCAUCGAGCAGCUCAAGUCUCUGCUGAGUCCAGAGAUCCUCAAAGAGCAGCCAGACUCCAAGCUGGAGAAAGCAGACAUCCUGGAGAUGACGGUCUGCUUCCUGACACAGCUGAAGCAGCAGAACCAAGAGCAGAAAAUAUUCCCAAACCACUUCAGCCAGCUGCAGCCUGCUUCCGAUAACCUGAGAGACGCUGACUUCUCACCUCUGAGCCCUGCAGACCAGGGCAGCAUCACCAGAGACAGGAGUGCAGACAACAGCGCCCUCUGGAGGCCGUGGUAGACUCCUGCAGACUGGAGUUUCUACUCCAUCCUCACAAGACCACAUUGGUCAGAGAUUACUGGACUAAAUUCUAUGAAAAUGUAUGGACUUGUUCUUUUGUUUGUACAGAAGACAUUCAUUUUAUAUCCCUUUCCCCCCAUUAUAUUUCCAAUGGAAAUUACUGUAAAUUUCUUUCAUUUUAAGAAAGAAAACAUUUUACUGUGCAUAUUGCAUGAACGUAAUCUGAAUGCAU